AUAUGAGAAAUUCUUAUACUGAAAGCUUUCUGCUACACAACAUAGCGAUGUGCGCUUUUCUAACCUCCAUCCUUCAAAAAGCUACAGUUGUGUAACGUUGUUCCAAACGCAUUUCGUCCUGCCACUCAGCUCCAAUCGACCACAGUUGUUUUUCCGUUUCGUUUAAUCGAUUAGGAAACAUGGCACUGUCUCUGUUAAGAACUGGAACUUUGGCGAUUAUGCGCCAAACCCCACAAACCCGAUUGUUUGCGCCGUUACAGCUUCAAAGAUGUACUCCUUAUCUGUUGAGGUUGAUGAGCAAUAAAUCAUCAGAUCCAGAAAAACCAGUUAAUGUCCAACUUCCGAAGAAAAAAUCCAAUUUGGCAGCUGACAAGACGCCAAUAUCUUGGAAAAAUUUAGGAAUUUCUGUUGUUGUAUUUGGGAUCUUGCUAAAUGUGCUCUGGUACUUAAAAAAGUUGCGAAAGGAAGAAAUUGAGAAGAACAAAGUCCUAUCUAUUGGAAAAGCAGCAAUAGGUGGAGAUUUUGAGUUGGUAGACACUUCAAAGAAAGUGGUCAGCAACAAAGACUUUGCUGGCAAAUGGGUUCUAAUCUACUUCGGAUUUACACAUUGUCCAGACAUUUGCCCAGAAGAGCUUGAAAAAAUGGCAUUAGUCGUAGAUAAUAUUGAUAAGGAAAGAUCUGCAUCUGUAUUCCAACCUCUAUUUAUAAGUGUUGAUCCUGAGCGAGAUACUCCAGAACUAAUUGCAAAAUACACUGCAGAUUUUCAUAAACGCCUUAUGGGUCUUACAGGAACUGUUGAUCAGAUCAAAGAUGUUUGCAAGAAGUAUCGUAUAUAUUACAGUGCAGGACCCAAGGAAGACGGUGAUUACAUUGUGGACCAUACAAUCAUCAUGUACCUCUUGAACCCUAAGGGCGAGUUUCAGCAGUAUUAUGGACGAAAUAAAACUGCUGCUGAAAUAACCAAAGAUGUACUUGUACGAAUGGCCAUGUACAAAGAAUGAUUAGGAAGUACCAAACUUGGUUUGCCAUUUACUUACUCUUUAUUGUAAAUCCUGUUUUCCUAAGAUUACAACAGGAAGUCACUAGCGUCUAUUUGCUAUCUAAAUGUGAUUUUAUCUGCAAACCAGCAUGAAUAAUGAAGAAAGUGUCUUAUCUUAGUUUGUUACAAAAAUAAUAGCGCAUAGUGUAUGUAUGUAUAGUAUAGGUAAAUUUGACAUGUUGACAAGUUCUGUAGCAUUAAUAAUUGUUACCUCUUAUCAAUCUUUCAGUCAAAUCUUUGCUGAUACUUUUACUGAGUUACAAGUUUCAGUGUACAGACAUGUAACAUUUGCAUUUUUGUUUUACAUUAUUCUUAUAAGGUUUUGCAUUAAAUUAUAAUAUGCCUGAGUUUAA